AUGGCUUUGUACGAGGAGUUCGCAUGGAAAGAAACCAAGCAUGAAAGAUGGGAGCGGGAUAUCGAUGAAGCCGAACAAUUUUACACCACUCUCGCCAGAAGAUUCGAAGGCACUGGCAGAAGCUUCUUUGCAAUGACUGCCUACGUCUCCUUCUCCGUGUCCGAGGAAAUCAGUUCUCAGGAUACAAUCACUGCUCUCAAAAAGGCGUGGUUACAACUUCGCUAUGAACAUCCCACCAUUGCUUCGUGGGUCGAAUACCAAAGCGAGAGCAAGAGAUGCAAGAAGAUUUAUGAGACAUUUCAGAGUGAUCAUACCGUAUCACACCAGGCCUGGCUAGAUGAAACAUUCCGUAUUGUCUCCAAUGGCCAAACCGGGAAAGAGUGGUGUAACUCUGAUCCGCCCGUCCCAAAGUUGCCGACAUUGUUUCUCAUUAGACGCACAAACUCGCCCGACAACUGCCAAGCCGACGUUGUACUUCGAUCGCAGCAUGACAUCGUGGACGGUAUGGGGUCUUUGCACAUUCUCAACAAUCUGUUCAAAUAUGCGUCUCUGUUUCUCGAAAACCCAAACACCCCUCUGCCUAAGUUUGGCACCGAGUGCAAGAACCUGAGCCCCCCGUUGCGAGUGGCGGCCUCAAUUCCGACUUCUCUAGAAAAAAAACAGGAACUUCGACUCAAAAAGGUGUCCGAAACGAAUGCAUCGAUUCGUGAAGGUAUUGAAAUAGCGAAAUUGCCUUUCCGACAGGGACAAGAAGCCCCCGGGCGUCAUCAACGAGUUGAGCUCAACCUGGAUCUUGAGCAGUCCAAGAACAUUCUUCGCGCGAUCAAGAGCAUUGGUGCUAGCGUGACUCAUGUGUAUCACGCUGCCAUAGCCCUUGUGCUGAGAGAUCUUCAGUAUCGUGGUACCAGCAAGCGAAAGGUCCGCUAUAUCAAUUAUUCAUUGAUCAACGAACGCCCGAACUGCAAAGAACCAUACAGCACGCCUCAGCAUGCGGCCACUGUAUACCACUCAGUUUCAGGAGCAAGCCUGGUAAUUGAUAUGGAUGUACCUUCAGAUGCCGGAGAUCAAGAGCACGAUGUCGUCAAAGCGCCGAGAGAAGAGUUCUUAGAAAUUGUUGAACAGAUCAAAGAGUACUAUCUUCGAAUCCGUGACGACAAGGAGCAUAUAUCACUGGUUCCGCACUACUGGGCUCUCUCUACCCCUGCCUACCCGGCAGGACCAGAAGUCCCCCCUAUACCAGCACAGAACGAGGCACCCUCGGUUUCUAUUUCCAGCCUGGGUAUGGUCGAUCACAUUCUGAAGCCAAGUCACGGCCAAUUUGAGCUCGAGAGUCCUUGGGUGACCGGAGAAGAGUUAGGGAGGGGGUUUGGUCUCUUUUUAGGCACUUUUCGUGGGCGCAUGUGUCUCAGCGCUGCAUACAAUGAUGCAUGGCACGAUGAGAACGAGGUCUCGAAGUUUUUGAGAGAUUGCAAUGAGCUGGUAGCACUUGGCUUGGGAGUGUGA